AUUAAGCCCUGAUCGUUAUUAAAUGGCGGCGAGCGACCGGUGGGAUCGAAUUUUAAAUCGGGCACUUUUUGCUGGAUGGAGUAGAUAAUGAGAAAGAUGAAAAGAAAAGUGGCCAAAUUGAGUGGCUUUCGUUUAAGUCCAAAUGAAGAAGCACUUUUGAUAAAAGAAGAGCAGGAGAGGCGAAGGAGGUUAAGAAUAAAACAGGUCAGAGAACAGGAGCGUUUCAUUGCUGAGCAGAUCCGGGAAAAAGUAAAGCAGUGUCGUAAUCAACAACUUGAGCAACUGGCAAACGAGUUGAAGACUGAAUGGCAAUUGGCACAAGGCGAAAAAACAAAGAGUCUAGAGAAGUUGUAUCUUAGUAGUUUAAAAGCAAUUGGUGAAGGCCACAGACAAGCUCAAGAAAAUGAGCCAGACUUGAAAAUUCAAUCAAAACAGGCAGCAAUUAACAGAGAAAAGGCUGAGAGAAGACAUAGAGAAGCAUUAAGGGAGCUGAAGCAGCAAAGAGAAAAAGAACAUGAAGUUCAAACCAGGUAUAUCAAAACUCGCAAAAAAGCACUACUCAUUGAGAAAAAAAGGGCGAUAACAAUUGCACAUCUUCCACCACCUCCACCCAACCCCUUUGCUGAUCUAGAAGUUCCAAAGUACCCAACAGUGAAGAUGUAUGAUAUUGACAGCUUCUCUGCCACACACUAUCAUCUGCCUGAGCCUUGUGUGAACAGGGAAAUGAACUCAAAACAGGUUAGUGCUCGAUUGACUGCUGAAAUGGAAGAAAAGCGUUUAGAGGAAUUGAAACAAGAAGCUGAGAUGGAAAAACAAGAGCAGCUUGAGAAAGCUAGAUUGAGAGGCAGUUGCGCUCUCCAAUUAGUUCAUUUGAUACAGGAUAAAGAGAAACUGAUCAAGGAGCUGGAACAAAUGCAACUUGCAGACUUAACCCGAAGAAGGCAGGCAGUGUCUCAAAUGCCACAGAAGCUGUUUGAGCCACCAUAUAGACGAGUGGAGAUAAACAAGGAUCGGCAGAAAGAGAUGGAAAUUGCAUUUGAGGAUAUGUAUGCUGAUGAUAAAAAAAUCAAAGGUGAUGUGUUAUUACGUCUUGAGCCUGAACCUUUACCAGCCCCAUCUGUUGAAACACAGGAUGAAGACUUAGAUAUCUCUGAGGAACUAGAAGGAUUUCAAGAGCAGCAAUCUGCAAAAGGUGAUCAAGAAGAAUCUGAGAUAAAACACUUUAGAAAAACAGAAGUUUCACCUUUAACUCUACCUAGUCAGUCCUCUUCAAGCCCUUCUAAAGCUGCCUUGAUGAAACUCCUUACCAAGAUAAGGAAGCAAAAAGACCAUUGUGUGACAAGAUCUGAAUCUAAUAGUGUAAAUGAAGAAGUGACCAUUAACUCUGGUUCCAUAACUGUUGAAGAAUCCAAACAAACAACUUUGGCUGAAUCUACAAGCAAUGCAAAUUUAAGUGAAGAACGGUCAGAAGUAUGUUCAGUGCUCCCUGAUAAUAAUUAUCAAAGAGAAACUUCUGAAGAAACCAUAGUAGCUGGAAAUACCACUUUGUUCCAUCCAAAGGAGCAAGCAAAUAGAAUUCGAUCUGAUGUUGACCGAAUAAAGCAGUUGCAUGACUUGGAGCAGCAGAAGCAAGAACAGUUGGCUUUGCUGUGGCAGUCUGAACAUCAAAAGCAUGACCUUGAAACUAAUUUGCGAAUAUCUCAGUUACAACAGCUGCAAGGAGCAGCACAACUACCAGAAAGGCUGAUGAGUGAUUCUGAAAGGCAAACCUGGCAGGAGAAUGAACAGUUGAAACACUCCAAGAGCAUUGUGUCAAGUGAAGUUUCUCCAGAAGAUGAAAUCCAUCAAUAUCUACAGCACCUUAUUGAGCAAAACAGGUUACAUAAAACAUCAGUGGAAGAAACCAGGGAACAAUUGAAUGAAUAUCUGUUGGAAAAAGGAUUGCCUUCUGAUUCCACUUCUGCAAGUUGCCUCCCUGCUCAGAAUUGCCAUAAUGAACCCAGAGCCCAUAUCAAUGUUAAUCACAGCCCAUUAGUUGUGCAUGGAGAAAGCAAGCAUCACCCUGAUCUUUUAAGAUCUGAAAGGCAUGGUUUUGAAGUAAAUGGUGUGGAAGUAUUAGAACCUUGCCUGACGAUUUUAGAUGCAGUUGAGUCAGAGCAAGUCCUGAGUCAUGUGGGUUUAAUGGAGGAUCAAUUGAAGUCCAUACAAACACAACCAGGAACAACAGAAAUUGCAGAGGAAAGAUUGAAGCAGUCAGUGUGCUCGCUACCCUUGACUAGACCUAUUGAAAUACUACGGAAUCAGGAAAGAGUAUCCACUUCAUCAGUGGAUCUUUCUUUCCAGCAAGAACACUUAAAAGGAUUGCAGCAACAACUAUGGAGGCAGAGGCAAGAUCUGCUUGCUACACAGAAAUUACAGCAAGAAUUCAUUUGUAGACAAAACCAAUUAAUGGAACAGAUGCAGCAACAACAAUAUCAAGGCAUGGAGAAGAAAUGGACUGGAAAUCAGUCUGGACACCUGGCCAUACAGGAGGUAAUGCCCACAAGUGAAAAUGUUAAGCAGCUUCCUCUCAUGCCGUACCCGAUGUGCUCCUUUGAGAAUUUUAAUACUGGAUCAACCAAUAAGAAUCCUGAUUUCAACAAUGAAGAGCAAGACAAAGGCUCAGCACCAUCAGUUCAAAUAAAUGAAGCAUUAUUGCCUUUUUGGUAUUAUGAUUUCAAAACAGAACAAGCUGGUAGUUGCUCUACAGAAUGUUCCAAUGUUGAAGCUGUUAUAAGAGAAACUCGACAUUACAAGCGUUCUAAACCACCUGUAACAAAGACGAGGUUGGGGCUUUGUGGAUUAAUUGACCAGCAUGAAUUAAGUUCCAUUCAGGAGAUGGAAUCACCUAAAAGUGACAGACUGUCUAUGUAUGUUGACAGGAUGCCAAAGUCAAAUGACUGCUGUAAAUCAGUUGUUAAAGAACUACUACCAAGUAUAAUGGAUCCUCCUCAUUCCUCUGAAGUAAUGGAAUUGGAUUUGUCCAACAUAUCCACACACAGCAGUCAAAAUUCUAGUGUGCCAAAUAGUACUGCAGAAUCUAUUCGAACAGGCAGAAUGACUUGGCGAGAGAAGCUUAACAUGGAAACUGGCAGUCUUCCAGUGCAAGCUUCUCUUUCAAAGUCACCAAGUUGUCUUGCCAAAAUUGAAAGUAAUGGGCUUGAAUACAGUGACCCAGCUUCAUUACCAUGUAACAUAAAUUGUAUGGUAUUUCCUCACUAUUCAAAGGACACGUGUAGUUUUAAUGCUGUUGAAAAAACCUGUGAAGUAGAUCAAACAUCUACCACAACAUUGUCCACUGGAAGUUUUCCUCUGCAUGAACAAACAACUGCUGGUCCCUUAAAUUCAGGUGACUAUCAAUGUACCAUUGACAACAUUCCUAGUAGGCAGUCAACUCCUACUUCACCUUCAUACAUAUCAAAUUUGCCACCUUCAUUUCCUGAAUACCAGUAUACAAUGAAGGCCCAAAGUAAUGCUUUUACCACUAAUGAGGAAAAAAGUACUUCUAAUGAAAGUAGUAUUGAAAAACUAAUUGAGAAGUAUACCCAAGAUCUAAGCAAAUUACUGGAUUCAGGUGGAAAAUGUCAAGAUUCCGCAACUGCUUGUGACAUUUCAAACCUGGAAUUCCCCAACCUCUCUCUUGAGCAACAUAAUUGUCAACAGGAUUCAAAUUUUGAAUUUCAGCCUUUAGAGUGCAGAUCUGACUUUAGCAUUUACAGUUCUUCAUUAUCUCUGACAUCCAGCAAGAAUUCAAAUUUCCCAAGUAGUGACAGCACCUCAGAAAAUCAGCAUUCUAUCCCAACUGCAACUUCAGACAAAGAGUCUUCUAGCAGCUGUGCUGUAUCCACUCCAGCCUCUGGCAUAACAGCCUCAGAUAUAGAUCAAGUGGAGAACCACGUUCAGCAGUCCUAUGAGGGAAAUAGUAAUUCGAAUUUUUUUCAACCUGUACAUCUGGAAAUCACUCCAAGAGAAUACAAUUCAAACACCGAUCGUUCUAGUGAAAAUUUAGAGCAGGAAUUUCAUAACGAAAAUUCAACAAAUACUGAGUAUGUUCCAUCUGACCUGUCAAGAGCUGGAAGAGUAGUUGCCGAUUCAUUGACUGUGGAUUCCAUAAACCAAUCAUCUAACUGUGAACCAGCUAUUGAAAAAUUGCGAGUUGGUGAUGGAGAAAAUUCUCAAGAGCACGCUGAUACAUUCUUCCGACUAAAUGGAACAUUGACUACUGGGACAGAAUCAGAUGUUGGAAUUAUGGAAGAACCAGAACUGACACAGCUAACACUGAAUGAGUCAACGUUAUUAGAUGAUGAACUAAGUCAAGAGUUUGGAGCUAAAAAUAUUACUACUGAAGAUAAUUUAAAUGAAAUACAAGCAUCUUCUCAGACAAAUGGAAUGCACCCUGUAAUUCCCGUGAACACAAGUUCUGAAUCACGAAAAUCUGAAGUUAUGAUAUUUGAGUUUGAACCAUCUGCUAAGAUUUUGAAUGAAGCAGUUUUGAAGAGAAAACAGAAAUUUCUUGCAAAUUCUGCAAAACGCAUGGAAGACUUGAAAAAGAAAGAAAAAUCUGGAAUAGUGAAAUCUGAACUAUAUGCUAGACCAAUUAGUCAUGAGCAAGGACAAUCUUCUGGUUUUGCAGCAUCAUCAUCAUCAGUGGCAACUCAUUUGAAGAUGGUGGGAGAAGUAAAAGUCACCACUCCAGAGGACAGGAAAGCUGUAGAAGCCGAGAUGCGACAAAGAACACUCCGUCUCUACAGUCAGCUUGAAGAAGUGAAAAACAAGAAAAGGGAAGUGAACAGACAAACAGUUUGUACUAGAAAUCGAGAAAAAGCAAAAGAAUUUCAGAAGAGAACAUUGGAAAAGCUAAGAGCAAACAGAGUUCGCAAGUGAUGCAUCUGCAAUCUUUGGAUCAAUCAAAAAUAAUUGCAUUGUGAUGUAUAUAAGUAUGUAUAUUAAUAUACCCCUGGAUUUCUAUUGUUAUUUUUAUAUAAUUACAUCAUUUGUAAUUUUAUAUUUAUUUAGACCAUUGUACAAAUCUGUAGGUGAGUAUAAAAUGUUGGAUCCUUUUAUUUUUGUAAAUUCUGUAUAAUUCAUUAUUCUAAAUAGACAUGUAAAUUACAUUUCAUAUUUAUCUAGUUCAUAAACAAAUACAGUUUUCAAUAAAACCACCUAUUGUUUUAUAAAUCAGAAGUUACUUGGACUGAAUCACUGGAUAAAUAACACCUCACUCAAGUUCAAAUUUACUUGGCAAUAUUAUAACAGUGCAAAAGACUCCUGCUCUAAACUAUCAGCUCUUGAUUGACUAUGUUCUUCUGUUCUAAUGAUGCAAAUAGUAAAACUCAUGGCUAAUAUCAGGUGUCACUUUGACGGUCCUUGUGUACUUUUGGAUGAAAUACCUCAAAUAAAAUGAAUAGUUUGUGCUGAACUGCAGCGAUUAGAUUAAUUCAUUUUAAAAGUCACAAGAUAAUUAUAACUCUGACUUCACUGACAUUUACUUUAUCAAACUUUUGAUGGUAAAUAAAUAAAUCAUACUUUCCCCAAUGGUGAUUGUGUUGUAUCUCAUU